CAGAUAUUCGAUAAAGCCUUUUGUUUACCAAUUACUCGGGCAACCAAGGAAAUUAUAAUGAGUGACGAUGAUCGAGACAUCGACAUUGAAAGCGAUGAAGGUGAUGAUUCCGAUUCUAGACAGAGGCAUUCAAAUAAUACCCAAUAUUAUUCUCAAGCAGAAAAACGUGCACAUCACAAUGCAUUGGAACGCAAACGCAGAGAUCAUAUUAAGGAUAGUUUCUCAAGCCUUAGAGACUCUGUACCUGCAUUACAAGGAGAAAAGGUUGCAAGUAGAGCACAAAUCCUCAAAAAAGCUGCUGAGUACAUACAAUUUAUGCGUCGUAAGAAUUCCUCACAUCAACAGGAUAUUGAUGACCUGAAACGCCAAAAUAGUCUCUUGGAGUCCCAAAUUCGGGCACUUGAAAAAGCAAAAAUAACAGGCAAUUUUGCUGCAGAAACUUGUGAAGUCACAAAAUCAGAAGGUGUACCAAUGCCAGGGUACAAUGACACAGAGUCUGAGUCUUCAGAUAGUGAAGCAAGCAGAACAGUGCGUCAAUCAAAAAAACUGAAAGUUGGAGGCCAUCAUCAUUGACCAGUGAUUUAAUCCAAUCUUUGUUCUCGUAAAAACUUUUCUUUUCACAACAAAACUUUAUAUAAAUAUUUAUUUCCAAAAAAGAA